AUGCGGCUGCGCCUCUCGGUGCAGCGGAACAACCUGCCCGCCACGAAUAUCCUGUGGAGCGUCCCAGACACGAACAGUCCGCAGGCCUACACCAUCGCGAGACUGCUUGAAGACGUUAACCGCGUCCUCCCGCUUGAGGCAGAGCAAUGGGGCUUGGAGGACUACACUGUUGAAGUGGAUGGCUUCGAGUGUCUGCACUUCUCCGCCGUCUCCCAGACGCUGAAGGAAGACGACCAUGUCUCCAUUCGACCGCUCCUCACCGCUGAAGUCCGCUCGCGCACGCUCUGUGGCCGCUACCAGAUCUCGGAAGGCGGACAGCACCUCGUCGACGGCAUCCCCUUUGGCCGCCCUUACCUCAGGCAGCCCAACCGCCCCGCCGUAAGGAUACCCCCCCGCAAGCGCCGCCGCCUGGAGGAGGACGAUACUGUUGCUGGGAGCGAGGAGAACGGAGUCGCUGGCCUGAUAACCGCGAGUGGUGAGGCAUCCCCGCGGCUGAAUGGUAGUGCCGUCGUCGAUGGGAUCGCAGGCAAGCGGAGCCAACAAUCACGUUCAAGAAAGUCUGGCAAGACUGUUCACUUUGGGGAGGUCAAUGUGGACGAUUCAGAUGAUAGCGAGGACGACGAGGAGUUUACGCCCAGUGGGGAAAGCGAAGAUUCGGACUCUUCCAUGGAGGACGACUCCGACGCAGACUCAGAUGAUACAUCCGACCUCUCUGAUACCUCUUCCGCUGCCUCAAGCACUUCAUCUUCGGACUCAGACUCCGAUUCGUCCGCUAGCGAGUCCGAAGCCGAUGCUGCUGUAAGUUCUGCCUCCGACGUUCUCCCAUCUGAGACCAAGGUUCUGCCAAAGGCACCACCCGGAGAAGGUUCUAAAGUUACCAAGGGUAGAAAUAAGAGACGCCAAGAAGCCAAACGCCUCAAGCAGCUCAAGGAGAUUGGGGAACUAGACCAGAGUGCCACCCUCGAGGAUCUCCGGAAGUACCAGGAAGAACAGAAGAUGUCCCCAAAACCUACUGAAGACACUCCUCGAAAACCCGUCCCCACACAUACCGGGAAGAGGAAGCGAUUGGAUAGGGAUGGAGAAGAAGAGGCCGCUCUGGAUGAGACAGCAGAACUCCAGCGCCGAAAGCAAGAGUUCAUGGCCAAGAUUGCAGAGGCGACUCCGACAGCAGCUACCGGGAAUGCUGCACCGUCGAGCGAGUCGCCAUGGGUUGAAACGCCCAAGCCAAAAACUCCAAUGACAGAGAAGCGAAAGGUCGGCGAGACGUCUAAGGUUGCAACCCCGCCGGAACCACCUUCUAAGAGGCUUCGGCCAGAUACGGCUGCAAUCGGACGUAUUCUAACUCGUCAGGCGAGGACGGUCGAGAAGAAGUCUCCAAAAGCGAAACCGCCGCCAGCAGCCGAAGAGCCUCCGGAACCCGAGGGCGCCUCCGAUCCCGACUUUUGGAAAUCGCGAAUCAACCUCUCGGCGUUUGAAUGUUGGAACGAGCAGCACGAGCUCAGCGCUCCAUCAUUCCCUUUCAAGCAGCACUGGGAUCCCGCGAGCAAGCUCAUGCGCGAGAAGACCCACAAGAAGAGGAAAAGGGGCGCGAACACGAACUCGGCGCGCAACUCGGUGGGCACAGACGAAGACACGGAAACGUUGAUACUCAACUACGACGACUCUCCCGAGACAGCCAAGGCUGAUUCCGAUCCUACCGCUGCCAUUGAGUCUCAGCUACUUCAGGAUGCCCAGAUUGCGGCGAGGUCUGAUCUCCCUCCCCUUCCUGAGGAUGUGGACGUGCUCCGUUCUCUCGAGCGUGCUGAUAUCAAGGUCGGGGCCAUCAUCGCCUUCAAGCUUCUGGUUCUCAAUCCCAACACUCGAGCGCCGGAAUUCAGCGGCUACAAGACGGCCAUUGUCGAAGAAGAAGGCGACUCGGGCAAUGGAGCCGGCGUCUUCAAGUUGAAGCUUGCUGAGCGCGACAUAGCGAGGAGGGAGAAGGCGGACGAGCCCAUUGACGACAUGGAGAUGAACGAUGAGGAGGAUGCCAGUGCGUGGCAAGGUACCUUUCAGGAGCUGGUGUCUCCCAAGCUUCUGCAGGCUGCGGAGUAA